AUGGGGUUGGCGAAGGAGCAGCUCGACUCUAUGUUUCCGAAUCGGAUGGAUUUCUCUAAAUUUCAGAUUGAGCGGGUUAAGGAACGGAAUGACCUUACCCAGCGCCUUAUGAAUCUCAAUGGAAGAAGCGAUCAGCCGGGAUCUUAUGACCCAACUAGGGUUGCUGGGGAGAAGGGAAGGGAAUAUGUUCUUGUUAAGAAUGACGGCGUCGAGGGCGGUUGGGUCCUGGGUGUUGUCGGUAGUUCUGGGGCGAGGGAGGGUGAGAGGAAUAAACCUAUCAUCGUUGAUAAUACAGAGGAACUCGAAGGCGAAGGAGAGGAAGACCCGGAUGAUGAUGAGGAGUUUGAGGAUGUUCCAGUUGAGGGCUUGAAUAGAUUACCGCACAUUGAAUCCCGCGAUGAUCGUGAAGGGAGCUAUACGUACGAUGUAUUAGACGGCGCGGAGGCGCAGAUGCUGAGGAGGGCAAUUUACGAGAGCAAAAGAGAGCAAAAUGGGUCGAAUAACAAAUGGAAGCUCUCGCCAGACCCGAUUUCUGAUACUAGUAGCGAUGAAGAACUGCAAAAAGCUAUUCAGUUAUCACUCGAGACCCAUCGAGGAUAUCAUAAUACGGAGUUGGAAUCAACCUUCUUUGGUCGCGAUCUUAGUGACAUCGCCGAAGAGGAAGAAGAGGACGAGCCCAUUAAUAAUAAGGGCAAAGAGAAAGCCAUCGAGGAUCCAGAUUUCAGCAGAGCUAUUUCUGAAUCCAGGCGUAUGAAUGGUGGUGACAUGCCGAGGGAUUCCGGCUGGGGCGCCCCUGGUGAGAGUAGCAAGGGCUCCAGCUCUUCUGUUGUCCCGAAGAAUCCCUUUGGAGGAUUGUUGCCAUUUGAGCGUUUAGACAUGGGCAAGAGUAUGCUAUUUAAAGGGAAGAACCCGGAGGGGGAACCUAAAGAGAUGGGGGAGGGCGGAGACAAGGGAGAGGAUAAAAAUGGAGGUGAUUCUGUGCCACUACCGCCGUGGUUCACUGGGGGUCCAAAAAAAGAUCUAGCAGAAGAGAUGCGCUUGGCUAAUCGCGAUAGGGAACUCACUCGAGAGGAGAAGGAAAGGCAGGAAUACGAGCUAGAGAUGCAGAGGAUUGCUAAUAAGCGAUAUAAAGAACGGGAUGUGGUGAUGAUUGAUUCCGACGAUGGGGAGGAUAACGAUGAUGUGGUUAUGCUAGAUGGUCUAUCUGAGAAGGGUGACUUGAACAUGGACGAUGUGGCAGACCGGUUAAGGACUCAUCCGCCCGGGCCGAUAAGCUCCCAACGGGAGGGCGAUGAGGAAGAGAUCGAAUGGGAAGAAAGCGAUCAUGAGAGUGCACCAGCGACAGUGGAAUCCGCAGCCGCACCAAAACCUUAUCCUAGAGAAUCGCCCCCACCCCCUGACCCUGAUGGAGCUGAGAACGGAGUGCCUCGGGAGGCAACUCCACCACUGGAAUAUACAGACGACGAGGAACAAUACGCAGAACCUGAAGACUUGGAAUUAGCGCAGCAACUCGUUGCGGAAUCGGAGGAGCAUGCCCGGUUCGCCGCGGAACUAAAUAACAAACCCCAGCAGCAAACUCGAGAGGGAUAUGAGCGAGAACUCCACACCCUCCGUGUACAGCAAGCUAAGGAUCGCCGAGACGCUGACGAGGUCACGCAAGCGAUGGUUCAAGAAUGCCAGCAAUUACUUACGCUCUUCGGAAUACCCUACAUCACCGCACCAAUGGAGGCAGAAGCUCAAUGCGCGGAGUUGGUUCGCCUCGGACUUGUUGAUGGCAUUGUUACAGAUGAUUCGGAUACGUUCUUAUUCGGCGGGACGAGAGUGUACAAGAACAUGUUCAAUCAAGCCAAAUUCGUUGAAUGCUAUCUCGCCGGCGAUUUGGAGAAGGAAUACGCACUCGACCGGACAGGGCUUAUUCGGAUAGCGCAUCUACUUGGCAGUGAUUACACAGAAGGCGUGCCCACCGUUGGUCCCGUCACAGCCAUGGAGCUCCUAGCCGAAUUCGCGAGCGAUAAUGGCCUAACCGAAUUCAAAGAGUGGUGGACAGCAGUACAAACCGGCUUGAGAAAGCCUGCGGACGACGACGAUAACCCCUUCCGGAAGAAAUUCCGCAAAAACGCCACAAAAGUCUUCCUCCCAACAAACUUCCCAGACCCACGUGUCGACGAAGCCUAUAUGCAUCCAGAAGUCGACCACGACCCCUCCCAGUUCGAAUGGGGAAUGCCAGACCUCGAUGGUCUCCGGCGCUUUCUCAUGGCGACGGUAGGCUGGUCGCAGGAGCGCACUGAUGAAGUACUUGUUCCGGUCAUCAAGGACAUGAAUACGAAGCAAGUUGAGGGUGCGCAGAGUACUAUUACACAGUUUUUUGAGGGUAGGAUGGGGACGGGUGCGGCUGGGAUGGCGGGCGCGCCGAGGAGGAAAGUUAAGAAGAGUAAGCGGAUGGAGAAGGCUAUGUUAAGUUUACACGAGAGGGCCAAGAGGAUUAAUGGCAGUGGGGGGGGCACAGCGGGCGAGCAAGAUGGGGAUUUGGAGGAUUGGGAUGAGGGGGAGGCGGAAGUGGCGGAGAAGCCGGCAAAGAGGAAGAGAGCGUUAGCCAGGAGGAGCCGGGGGAAGAAAUCUCUGGUUAACAACGACAGCGGUGAAGGUCGUGACGAUGAAGAGCUCGGGGGAGAGGGGUACCGCGAGGAACAGGUCCCUGCUCCAGUCAAGAAACGCAAAACUACUACCGGAAGAGGGGGGAAAUGAUUGCAUAGCCAUGCCAUAUACCAGUAAUGCUUGUGUUUUUUCUUUUUCUGAUCAACACCAUCGCCGUAAGCUAGUUGCAUUGCAUAGGUUGGUGUUUUGUUUUCGUGUUGCUUUAGUUUGGG